AUUCAACUCAAACUAGCCGCAUUUCAAAUUCUCAAGUUAAACAUGGACAGCGCUGCUUUCAAGAUUCCAGACCCAUGGUUUGUGGGCACACGCUGGGAUUGCAAGGGUUAACCCACGGCCAGCUGCCAGGAAGAACCAGUAGGAAAUGUAAACCUCUGCUCUGCGGAGCAUGUCGGGAGUUGUAGUCCGCGUCCAUCUGCACGUGACGUCCGAUGGAUGUUGUAGGCCUUGGCCCUGUGCAGCAUGCCGGGAGUUGUAGUCCUCACCCGCCUGUGUUGCGGUCUGCGUAUCAUGGCCGACCACGCCGUGCUCCCGCGCUCUUCCGCUUGGCCCCAGAAAGUUUCGGUUCUGCCCCGCGGUGGACACACGAGCGCGGACAACUUUGGUGACUCAAGACUGGAAUGCCUUUAAACUUGAGGAAGCGUGUUGUUGAGCUGUGAAAAUCACUGGUAGGAACUCAGUGUGGAGCCACAUUCACUGGAGCAGCCCCAGCGGCCGGGCAGGUGCCGCCAUGGAGUCUGACUUCUGCUGACCAGACCCAGGACCCAGGACCCAGGACGCAGGAGGCAGGCCGAAGGCUGAAGGUGCUUGGCCAGGCCAGGCGGCCUGCAGCCAGCGGCCAUGGCUUCCACCGGGGCGGAGGGCCAGCUCCAGAGAAUCAUCCGCGAUUUGCACGAUGCUGUGACAGAACUAAGCAAAGAAUUUAAAGAAGCAGGGGAACCCAUCACAGAUGACAGCACCAGCUUGCAUAAGUUUUCUUACAAACUUGAGUAUCUCCUUCAAUUCGAUCAGAAAGAGAAGGCGACCCUCUUGGGCAACAAGAAGGACUAUUGGGAUUACUUCUGUGCCUGCCUGGCCAAGGUGAAAGGAGCCAAUGAUGGCAUCCGAUUCGUCAAGUCUAUUUCAGAGCUGCGAACGUCUCUGGGAAAAGGAAGAGCAUUUAUUCGCUACUCCUUGGUGCACCAGAGGUUGGCAGACACCUUACAGCAGUGCUUCAUGAACGUCAAAGUGACCAGUGACUGGUACUAUGCAAGAAGCCCCUUUCUGAAGCCAAGGCUGAGCUCCGACAUUGUGGGCCAGCUCUAUGAGCUGACGGACAUUCAGUUUGACCUGGCAUCACGGGGCUAUGACCUGGAUGCUGCCUGGCCGACGUUUGCCAGGAGGACACUUGCCCCUGGCUCCUCGGCUUACAUGUGGAAACCCCCCAGCCGAAGCUCCAGCAUGAGCAGUCUGGUGAGCAGCUACCUGCAGACUCAGGAAAUGGGCUCCAGCUUUGACCUGAACAGCCCCUUGAACAACGAGGCCCUGGAGGGCUUUGACGAGAUGCGGGUGGAGCUGGACCAGCUGGAGGUGCGGGAGAAGCAGCUGCAGGAGCGGAUGCAGCAGCUGGACAGGGAGAACCAGGAGCUGAAGGCGACCAUCAGCUUGCAGGGAGAGCAGCUGCAGAUGGAGAAGGAGAGGGGUCGUGCUGCCGCUGAGGACAAUGCUCGCCUCACUUGCAUGGUGGCCGAGCUCCAGAAGCAGUGGGAAAUCACCCAAUCCUCCCAGGACACAGUGAAGGAGCUGCAGAAGUGCCUGCACGUCUUGGAGCUGGCUGCAGUGGUGAAGGAGGAGGGUUCCCACUCAGCUGUGCAACAGCUGGAAUCCAUACUGCAGCCUCUGGUGCAGGAGCUCGAGGCCACACGGGACUCACUGGGCAGAAAGAACCAGCUUCUAGCCGAUGUCCGGAACCCGCUGGGCGCAGCUGAGCAGAAGGCACAUGCGGCACUGGGCACAAAGGGGCAGCAGGAGCCCACCCCCGGUGACUUGGCCCUGGAGAUCCAGCAGCUGGGGGAGAAGCUUCGAGCUCUAGAAGGGGAGAGCACCAAGGUCCAGGAGCUCAACAGGCAGCAGAGUGCCCAGCUGGAGCAGCUGGCCAGGGAGCUGCAGCUGAAGGACGAGGCCCGGGCCGGCCUGGAGCGCCUGCUGAGGGAGAUGGCUCCGCUCCAGGAGGAGCUGUCCAAGAAGGGACAGGAGACAUCCCAGCUCCGGAGACGGCUGCAGGAGUCGCUGGCCCACUUGAGCUCCCUGGAGGAAGAGCUAGCCGAGGCAAGACAGGGGGAGCAGCGUCAGCGAGAGGAGAGGAAGCUGCUGGAGCAGGAGGCCAGGUCCCUGACACGGCAGCUGCAGCUCCUCGAGACCCAGCUGGCACAGGUGAGCCAGCAUGUGAGUGACCUGGAGGAGCAGAAGAAGCAACUCAUCCAGGACAAAGACCACCUCAGCCAGAAGGUGGGGAUGCUGGAGCGGCUUGCUGGGCAGCCAGGUCCAGAUCUGCUUGUGGCCGGGGACCAGAGUGCGGCUCUGGGCCCCCCAGACUCCACCCAGCCACAGACCCUCGAGAAGCCAGAGGAACAGGAGGGAACCACGGACAAUACCGAAAUGCCAGUGAGCGGCCAGGAGGAGGUGCUCCAACAGGCCAACAGGGAGCUGGAGAAGGAGCUACAGAGUGUGCGUGCACUCAACCAGCUCCUGGAGAACAAGCUGCAGGCCCUGCAAGCUGACUACCAGGUGCUCCAGCAGCGGGAGGCGGCCAUCCAGGGCUCCCUGGCCUCCCUGGAGUCCGAGCAGGCCAGCAUCCGGCACAUGGGUGACCAGAUGGAAGCAAGCCUCCUGGCUGUGAAGAAGGCCAAGGAGACCAUGAGGGCCCACGUGGCAGAGAAGGAGGCUGCCCUGCAGAGCAAGGAGGCCGAGUGCCAGCAGCUGCGGGAGCAGCUAGAGCAGAGCCAGCAGCUGGCAGAGGCCCGGGAAGGGGAGCGCAGGGCUCUGGAGAGCCAGUGCCAACAGCAGACCCAGCUGAUUGAGACCCUCACAGCAGAAAAGGGUCUCCAGGGGCUCGGUCCACCUCCAGAAAACGCAUCCCAUGAGCUAGCUGCCCAGGAGGGCCAUCAGGGGGAGGCCCAGCGACUGCAGGCUGAGGUGGUGGACCUCCGGGCCACACUCCAGGCAGCCCUGGGUGACCAGGAGAAAGUGCAGAGCCAGCUGAGUGUGGCUGAGGCAGCUCUUCAGGAACACAAGGCCCUGGUGCAGCAACUCAAGGAACAGAAUGAAGCCCUCAACAGGGCGCAUGUGCAGGAGCUGCUGCAGUGCUCGGAGCAGGAGGGGGUGCUGCAGGACGAGAGGGCCCACGAGACUCAUCUGAGGGGGGAGGAGCUCCAGGCCCUGCAGGACGAGCUGUCCCACGCGAAAUGCACCUCCCAGGAAGCCCACCUGGAACAGGCCGAGCUGCAGGAGGAGUUGCACCGGGCGAACACGGACACAGCUGAGCUGGGCAUCCAGGUCUGUGCGCUGACCGCAGAGAAAGAACGGAUGGAGGGGGCCUUGGCCUGCACCGCCCGGGAGCUCCAGGAUGCUAAAGAGGCAGCCUCAAGGGAGCGAGAGGGCCUGGAACACCAAGUGGCAGAGCUGCAGCGAGAGAAGGAGAGCUUGCAGGAGAAGCUGAAGGCGGCCGAGGAGGCGGCCAGCUCCCUGCCUGGCCUGCGGGCCCAGCUGGCCCAGGCUGAGCAGCGGGCCCAGAGCCUCCAGGAGACUGCACACCAGGAGCUCGACACCCUCAAGUUCCAGCUGAGCACUGAGAUCAUGGACUACCAGAGCAAACUUAAGACCGCCAGUGAAGAAUGCAGGAACCUCAGGGGCCAGCUUGAAGACCAAGGCCGGCAGCUGCAGGCCGCCCAGGAGGCGGUGGGGAAGCUGGAGGCCGCCCGGGCAGAUGGGGAAGAGAAGCUGAGCCGCAGCGGCAGCCACCUCUCGGAGUACCGGGCCGCCAUGCUGAAGAAGGACGAGGAGGCAGCUGCCCUCCGGGAAAGCUUGGACAGGACCCAGAAGGAACUUGAAAAAGCCACGACAACAAUCCAAGAGUAUUGCAGCAAGCUCUGCCAGGAGGUGACAAACAGGGAGAAGAAUGACCAGAAGAUGCUCGCUGACCUGGAUGACCUGAAUAGAACCAAGAAGUACCUGGAGGAACGGCUGAUAGAGCUGCUCAGGGACAAGGAUGCUCUGUGGCAGAAGUCGGAUGCCCUGGAAUUCCAGCAGAAGCUCAGUGCUGAGGAGAGGGGGCUCGGGGACUCGGAGGCCACCCACUGCUCCGACUGCAAGCGCGAGUUCAGCUGGAUGGUGCGGCGACACCACUGCAGGAUAUGUGGCCGCAUCUUCUGUUACUACUGCUGCAACAACUAUGUCGUGACAAAGCACGGUGGCAGGAAGGAGCGCUGCUGCCGAGCCUGCUUCCAGAAGUUCAGUGAAGGCCCCAGCUCCCCUGAUAGCAACAGCUCGGGCACCAGCCAGGGAGAGCCCAGCCCCACACUGUCGCCAGCCCAAGCCGAGGCCCAGGCCACCAGAGGCCAAGGUGCAAACACAGACUACAGGCUGCCUGACGACGCCGUGUUUGACAUCAUCACAGAUGAGGAGCUGUGCCAGAUACAGGAGUCCGGCUCCUCCUUGCCCGAAACACCCACUGAAUCUGAUUCCCUUGACCCAAACGUGGCCGAACAGGACUCCACGUCAAACUCGCUAACCCCUGAGGACACUGAAGAUAUGCCCCUGGGGCAGGAUGCUGAAAUCUGCUUGCUGAAGUCCGGAGAACUGAUGAUCAGAUUACCCCUCACAGUGGAAGAGAUCACCAACUUCGGAGAGGGCGGCAGGGAGCUGUUCGUGAGGUCCGGCACCUACAGCCUCAUCACCAUCACCGUGGCCGAGGCCGGCCUCACCAUCAGCUGGGCCUUCUCCUCUGACCCCAAGAGUAUCUCCUUCAGUGUGGUCUUCCAGGAGGCGGAGGACACACCGCUGGAGCAGUGUAAGGUACUCAUUCCCACCACCCGGUGCAAUUCCCACAAGGAGAACAUCCAGGGCCAGCUCAAGGCCCGCACACCAGGCAUCUACAUGCUCAUCUUCGACAACACCUUCUCCAGGUUUGUCUCCAAGAAAGUAUUUUAUCACUUGACAGUUGACCGGCCUGUGAUCUACGAUGGAAGUGAUUUCCCGUAGCCUCAAGCACCUGGACUUGCCUAGUUUCACUUUAUCCACAGGAAACACUACUCUCCCUCACCUGUCACAUAAAACACUAAAAACAAAACAAAAC